CUACAACUGACUUUUCCGGUACGAUCUCCGAUAUGGUUUCAUGGAUCAGUGUGUUUAUAUGGGUUUGGGUAACUCAGUCGGUUGGAAUUUUUAUGCUAUUAUAUUAUUAUUAUUAUUAUUAUUGAUUCAAAAAAUAUUUAUUUUAUAUUUGGAUUGGAAGUGCUACACUUGUCGAGCCCAAAAUAUCGGUGGCGGUGGGUCAGCAUCUUAGUUUUGUUUCUUUCUCGUCCUAACGAGUCGUGCAAGCAACCGCCCAGAUGAAAAACGCGAGCUUGAAAUAGAAGUUCAAGCUGUUCCCACCCGAUCCAGAAUUCGUUUGAUCGGUGCGGGGAAGCUUCUCGUUCAUGAAUUUGGUUGGUAAAGUUUCUAGCCUAACCUCACCUCAUAAACCUUUUGAGCUGAAUUCCAGUUGUUUUGUUUGAGUUUGUUGCCUCUGAAAUUUUCUUUCUGGGUCUACUCUGGUUUGAGCUUCUUGCUGUUGACUUGGGGCAUCUGGAGAACCUCAGAAGCUGGUAAUUGCUUUAGAUAUACGUCAGUAUGUGUAUUUUGUGCAUACAAGGCCGGUUUAAUUUGGUGUCUGAUGUAGAACGAGUGGUAAUUGCAUCUUUUUCCUAUGAGAACUAUCUCUCUCCCCCCUUAUUCUUCUCCUUUAGCCUGCUUGGAUACUCUUGUUGAUCUGGGUCAACUAGUUCCAUGUAUUGUUCGCUUCUCACUUGAUUUUGCUGAUCACUGCAGGCAUAAAAUCUUUCUGAGCAUGGAAGUUGUUCUCUAUAGCACUACCCCUCGGUGUCAUUCGGUAAACUUGAGGUGGCAACUGGUUCAUGGAUUCUCAAAUUCAUGCCAAUCAGAGAUUCAUCCUUGUAGAAAGCCUAGAAUUUCACUUCCUAAGCUGCAUCAACGAAGUGUGUUUUCGACAUCUUCUAAUCAGUUUGUAGGACCCCAAGGUUAUCACAGUGAAAAGGCUAGGUCACUCACUACUCUUGGCGGGUCAAACAAGGCUAAUUCAGAACUUCUGAGUGGAAGAACCAGUAGUUAUGUGGCUGGAGAGGAUGAACUGGGUAGCAUUUCAGCAAGUCAAGAAUCAGUGGGUAAAGUCUUGAUCCCGGGUUUGCCAGAUGAACCUAAUGGUGCUUCAAUUAGUAGUUGCAUUUGGGAAUGGAAACCUAAACUGAAUGUGCAUUACGAGAGAGCUGGGUCUGAGAACCUGGAAUCGCCCCAAGUGCUCUUUCUUCCCGGUUUUGGUGUGGGUUCCUUCCAUUAUGAGAAGCAAUUGAAGGAUUUGGGUCGCCAGUACAGGGUCUGGGCUCUUGAUUUCCUGGGGCAGGGAUUGUCACUGCCUGUAGAGAAUCCCACGUCACUCUUGGGGGAAGAUGACUCUUCUGAAACGAAGGAUUCCAUGUGGGGAUUCGGAGAUGAAGCUGAACCCUGGGCCAGUGAGCUUGUUUAUUCUAUAGAUCUGUGGCGGGAUCAGGUUCGCUAUUUCGUGGAAGAGGUAAUUGGUGAACCUGUUUAUGUUGUGGGAAACUCGUUAGGAGGAUAUGUUGCCCUAUACUUUUCUGCAACACACCCUGAGUUGGUGAAGGGUGUGACAUUGCUUAAUGCUACUCCUUUUUGGGGAUUCUUACCAAAUCCUAUUGCUUCUCCACGAUUAGCAAGGGUGAUUCCAUGGUCUGGCACGUUUCCUCUGCCUGCAAGGGUGAAAAGGAUUAUGGAGUUCUUAUGGCAGAAAAUAAGCGAUCCAAGAAGUAUUGCGGAGAUACUUAAACAAGUUUAUGCUGAUCAUUCAACUGAUGUUGACAAUGUAUUUUCACAUAUCGUUAAGGUUACUGAACAUCCUGCAGCUGCUGCGGCAUUUACCUCGAUUAUGUUUGCUCCUCGGGGAGAAUUAUCCUUCAUGGAGGCACUAUAUAGAAGCAGAAUGAGUAAUGUGCCCAUCUGUCUAGUGUAUGGAAGAGAAGAUCCUUGGGUGAAGCCUAUCUGGGGCCUUCUUGUGAAACGGCAGGUUCCUGAAGCUCCAUACUAUGAGAUUACCCCAGCCGGCCACUGCCCACACGACGAAGUUCCUGAGGUUGUGAACUACUUACUACGGGGAUGGAUAAAGAACCUGGAAUCAAGUGGAUCAUUUGCUUUGCCUCUGCUUGAUGACGGACAAACUGUCCAGACCAACACUGCCAAACGAUUGGAGUUUGCGAGAAAAGGAUCAAAAAAAUCGGUAACGGUGCAGUUUGUCGGCUCUGGGCUCACCUUCUGGGAACAAAUGAAGUUUCAUAUAACAUCUCGACUUGGGAAGUUGAAACUAAUAUAAUGAGAGAAACCAGUUGUAUUAAUAUAAUUAUGUCGAUUAUAGAAUCAUGUACGAAAAGAAAAAUGUAUAGAUUGUAGACCCCCCGUUGCGACAUUGACUCUAUCAGACUAUAGGAGUUAAACAUUAGGUAAUGUAUAUUUCAAAUCUUUUUCAGAUUUUUUUAUAUUAUCCAAACAUAUUAAAAUAUUAAGAAUUAGCCAAUAUUAACAGAUCCAAAUGAAUCGAUAAUUCAUUUCAUUGAUUUUUUAUAUUAUCCAAACAUAUUAAAAUACUAAGAAUUAGCCAAUAUUAACAGAUCCAAAUGAAUCGAUAAUUCAUUUCAUUGUAAAAUGAAUUAUAAUGUAGAAU